UUUAAGACAAACAAAGUUGCUUCCUUCUCUCUGCCCAUUUUUGAAAAAUUCAUUUAGUCAUUAUUUAGGUCGCCGCCACCAUUCACCGCUAGGCCUGUGACCCAUCACCCAUCUUCUCCUUAUGGGCCUGCAAACCCGCCGGGAUUCAUAUUCAGGCCCCUUGCUUUCUUCUACGGCACAGCAUCGGAAAGAUUACAAUUACAACUGUUGUCACCGAUGUCACCACAGUAAUCCUCCGUCUUUCGAGUAUGUCGGGAAAGACGAGACCAAUGAUCUGGUUUCGCCUUUUCCGGUACUCGAAAGUCUGAGUCAGGAUGAUGUAAGGGAAUGUGCCUAUGAAAUAUUUUUCACCGCCUGCCGAUCCUCACCGGGAUUUGGGAGCCGGCAAUUGCACGCGUUCUACUUGAAUAACCAGGAGAACGAUGUGAAGUCACCGAAUGUGGUGAUGUCGCCAACAAGCAAGGUAAAGCGGGCCCUAGGGUUGAAGAUGUUGAAAAGGUCACCUUCCAGGAGAAUGGUGUCUGGUGGCAGCGGCGGGCCAUCCUCGCCGGUAGCCGGAGGAAGCCCUUUUCAUAACAACACGCCGCCGAGACCGCGGCGGCCCAUGACUUCUGCGGAGAUCAUGAGACAGCAGAUGAGAGUGCCUGAGCACAACGAUAAUCGAUUAAGGAAAACCAUAACGAGGACCCUUGUUGGCCAAGCAGGAAGAAGAGCAGAAACUAUCAUUCUCCCCUUAGAACUUCUGAGGCACUUAAAACCCUGUGAAUUUAGUGAUUCCGUUGAGUAUCACAUGUGGCAAAAGAGGCAACUCAGAAUCCUUGAAGCCGGGCUUCUCACACACCCUUCAAUCCCUAUAGAAAAAGCCACCACCUUUGCCAUGCGCCUUAGGGACAUCAUUCGCAGUAGUGAGUCCAGACCUAUAGACACUGGCAAAAACUCUGACACUCUGAGAACCCUUUCCAACUCAGUAGUUUCAUUGGCAUGGAGAAGCUCCAAUGGCACCCCCACUGAUAUUUGCCACUGGGCUGAUGGAUUCCCUUUGAAUGUUCACUUGUACACUUCUCUUCUUCAAGCCAUUUUUGACAAUAGGGAUGACACAUUAGUCCUUGAUGAGGUUGAUGAGCUCCUUGAACUGAUGAAGAAGACAUGGUCCAUCUUGGGGAUCACUAGGGCUAUUCACAAUGUGUGCUUCACCUGGGUGUUGUUUCAACAAUAUGUGGUAACUGGACAGAUUGAACCUGAUCUUCUCUGUGCCACAAAUGCCAUGUUGUCUGAGGUGGCCACUGAUGCCAAGAGGGAAAAGGAGUCAUUCUAUGUGAAGUUAUUGACAUCAGUGUUGAGUUCAAUCCUGGGUUGGGCUGAGAAGAGACUGGUUAAUUAUCAUGAGUAUUUCCAGAGAGGAAAUAUUGGCCAAAUUGAAAAUCUUCUUCCUGUAGUGUUGUCAGUCUCACAGAUUCUAGGAGAAGAUCUCUCAAUAUUUGAGGAUGGUGAAGGGGGAAAGAAGGGUGAUAUAACCAUAGUGGACUCAUCUGGGGAUAGGGUUGACUAUUACAUUAGAUCUACCAUAAAGCAUGCAUUUGAAAGGAUAAUUGGUGCAUUGAAUACCAAGGCUAUUGAAUUGGAAAUAAAGAGAGAUUUCAGGGAAAUUCUUCUUCAACUAGCUCAGGAGACAGAAGAGUUGGCAAUAAAGGAAAGAGAGAAUUUUACUCCAAUGCUACGGAAAUGGCACCCAGCAGCUGGAGCAGUUGCAGCAAUGAUGAUGCACAGCUGCUAUGGGCAUGUUCUGAGGCAAUAUUUAGGUGAGGUGACCUCACUGACUCGUGAGACCGUGGAGGUGUUGCAAAGGGCUGAAAAGGUGGAAAAGGUUUUGCUCCAAAUGGUGGUUGAGGAAUGUGGUGAGGAUAAUGCUAAACCAGCCAUGAAAGAGAUGGUUCCGUAUGAAGUUGAUUCAAUCAUAUUGAACCUCUUAAGAAAAUGGAUAAAUGAAUCAUUGAGCAGUGGAAAGGACUGUUUGCAAAGAGCAAAAGAAACUGAAACAUGGAAUCCAAAGUCCAAAUCAGAGCCAUAUGCACCAUCAGUUGCAGAACUGGUUAACUGUGCCAAUACAGCUAUAGAACAAUUCUUCAAAAUUCCAAUGGGAAUAACUGAAGAUAUAGUUCAAGAACUAGCAGAUGGAUUGGAAAGCCUAUUCCAGGACUACAUGAUGUUUGUUGCAGCAUGUGGUACAAAGCAGAGUUAUAUUCCUACGCUUCCCCCUUUGACAAGAUGCAACAGAGACUCAAAGUUCAUCAAGUUGUUGAAGAAAGCUAGCCCUUGCGGUGCUAGUUCCUCAGAGACAGAUCACAUAAGUGAAGGUCAUCAUCCAAGGCCAUCAACUAGCCGCGGCACACAACGUCUCUAUGUUCGUCUCAACACCUUACACUACCUCCUCUCUCAUAUCAACAGCAUUGAGAAAUCACUCUCUCACACCCGUGGUGUAAACCCUUCACCAAAUCGCAAACACAAUGGUCCAUAUUUUGAAAUAAUCAAUUCCUCCAUCCCAACAGCAUGUCAACAUGUCUCAGAAGUUGCAGCAUACCGCCUCAUAUUCCUAGACUCCAACCCAGCCUUCUAUGGCGGCCUCUAUCUUGGUGAUGUAGCCAAUGCGCGAAUUCAGCCAGCACUGAGGAUUCUCAAGCAAAACAUCACAUUGAUGACAACACUUGUGACAGAUAGAGCUCAAGCACUUGCAAUGAGAGAAGUGAUGAAGGCCUCAUUUGAUGCAUUCCUCAUGGUUUUGCUUGCAGGUGGAAGCUCAAGGGUGUUUAACAGGUCUGAUCAUGUGAUGAUCCAAGAGGACUUUGACAGCUUGAACCGGGUUUUCUGCACUUGUGGAGAGGGACUAAUAGCAGAAAACUUGGUGGAGAGAGAGGCUGCAGUUGUGAAGGGUGUCAUUGCUUUGAUGGGGCAAAACACCGAACAGUUGAUGGACGACUUCAGCAUUGCCACAUGUGAAACAAGUGGGAUUGGAGUCAUGGGAACUGGUCAAAAAUUGCCUAUGCCACCAACCACAGGAAGGUGGAACAGGUCUGAUCCUAACACAAUAUUGAGGGUGUUGUGCCAUAGAAAUGACAGAUCUGCAAAUAUUUUCUUGAAGAGGACAUUCCAGUUAGCAAAGAGAAGGUGAAGCCAAAACUGGUGUAUCUCUAUUGCUGAAAUUUAAGCACAGAGUUACCAUUGGCAAUGAUGCAUCUCUUGCUCUACAAUUCUUGCACUGUGACAAGAAGGGAGAGCAAGAUUGUAUAUUUGGAAGCACUCAAAGUAGAGAAUAUAUGGGCUGAACAAAGCAAUGCUUUGUUUUCAUCACUAGGCAUUGAAACAUACAAGAGACUAAUGCAGAAUAUUUGCUGAAUUGUAUUUGAAGUACAACAAAAUAUUCUUUAAUUGUUUUUUUGGGAGAUAAAGAGAGAAGAAAAAAUAUGGCAGUUUCUUAGCUUAGUUUGUUGAUGUUGCAUAUAUUAAGUAGGCCUACACAUACUGCUUUCAGAAUUUGUGUUUGUAAUUAAUCAAUUAGCUGAAAGGAAAAUGUAUUUUCUUUUCUAA